ACGUAGGAGGACAAAGGCGAUUGCGGAUAAACUUGGUUUAGAUUUCGAUUUUUUUCCGGCCGUUUCUAAAUAUGAUGAAAAAACUUUAGAUGAGUUUGAGGGGAAUUAUCAAAAUAAUCACAAAGCCUGUUUUAUCAGUCAUUAUAGAGUCUUCCAAUCAAUCGCAGAGAAUGAUUAUAGUAGUACAUUGAUCCUAGAAGAUGAUGUAGACAUGGAAAUGGAUAUCAUACCAAUCAUCACUGGCAUCCAUGAUAUUUUACCUACUGAUUGGGAGACACUAUUCAUCGGACAUUGCGGUUUGGAUUCGCGAGGGGAAAUAUUAGGUGAAAGUCAUGGAAUUGGGUUAUUCAAAUCUAAUCAUCCACUCUGUACACAUGCUUAUGCUGUUUCGUCCGCUGGUGUUCACAAGUUUUUAAAAGAGUUUACGGUUGCAGAUUCACCAAUCGAUGUGAAGUUUUACUUUGAGAUUAAAAAAGGAAAUAUCAACUCGUAUAGUCUUAAUCCCGCUCCUAUCGUACAAGCGAGAUCUCCCUCGGAUCUCACUCCCGGUGAAGAACCUGAUGAAGAUUUAAGGAAUUCAACACUUAGAUUUCUUGGACUCAGAAAGUAA